AUGGUUAUGCCCACAACUCCAGUUGGAGGUAAUGGUGGCGCGCCGUUCAAGCUCUCGAAUGGUAAUAUACCUGUGGAACAACUCGACGUUUGGUACGGUAGUGGCAGUGGUGUUGACGUCGAAAAAUAUACUAUCCUAAGGGGUAUCCGAGUCAAAUGGGCCGAUGGUAAAUAUGACGCGGCCGGAUUUUGCCCCUCGCAAGAACAGGAUAGGGUUCUGCAUACCAGUUUUGACUUCGAAAACCAUGGCAAAGAUCCCCUUGACUGGAUGGAUAUAUAUGCGUCAACUAGCCGUGUUGAUUCACUAAGAUUAGUGACUCACAAUGAGACGGACUACUUCGAGGCCGGAGGAAUCGGUGGUACCAAAUCCGUUCAACCUGCGAAAGGUAGAACGCUAUAUGGGUUCGAAGGAAGGGCUGGAUGGGAUAUUGAUAAGCUCGGCGCGAUCCUCUAG